CCAAAUAGAUGGCACAGGAAUGAGUCUGAACAACAAAAAAGGAGUAAGGGUGACAGGGAAAUAUGCUCCUCCUGUGGACUGGAGCAGUAGAGCAGGAGGUCCAUGUAUCAUCCACUCCCCACCCAGCACCGCUUUACCUCCAGACACCCCAACUGUGAUCUCCAUCGGCCACCUUCCUCACAAGCCAUCAGAGAGGGUGGAUGAUCUAAGGAUGGAUGUACCUAAAGUUACAGAAGAUUGGACCACAGAGACGGCAUCUAAAAACAGGGUGUCUUAUGGCGAGACUGGCCGAGUCCCUCGUCAGACCAUGGAGGAGCUGAAGACCAUCCUGAGGGAGAGUCCUCUGCUCAGCAUCCGAGGUAGAGAAAAUGGGAUGCCUGGCAGUCCAUACACGUACCUCCAUGGUGGAAGACCCAAUGGACGCAAGGAUGAUGGAAACCCCAACAGGGCGUUUAGCACCUUCAAACCCAACUAUGAAGCUUCCGGAAAAGGGGGGCAAAGGUCCAGUGAUAGCACAUCUAUUCUGCAACCUCCCAACAUGGAUUCAUCCAGCUCGUUCAGGUUUGAGGCCAACACAAAUAGACAGCCACGAGAUACAACAAACACAUAUGCAACCAGCAGCUCCUGGGGAGAGAGUGGAGCUUCUCACACAGAUAACGAAAACGAGACUGUUGAGAUCUUUGGGAAUCAGAGUUUCAUUUCAGCCAUGGAGCAGAUCAAGCAGCAGAUUGCAAGAGAAAAUAUCAACUUCGUCAGGUUCGAGGCCACCGACCUCCACGGGGUGUCCAGGUCCAAGACAGUACCUGUCCGCUUCUUCCAUGAGAAAGCAGUUUAUGGGAUACCAAUGCCAAGAAGUUACUUGGAGCUGACCCUUAGCCCUAAGAGCAAUGAAGUGGACCAUGCAAACGCUGCAAACUUCAGCAGUGAUGUCCUCCUGAUCCCUGAUUUAGCAACCUUCAGGGUCUUACCCUGGGCAGAGCAAACAGCCCGAGUCAUCUGCGACCCCUGCACAGUGACAGGAAGCCCUCUUCGCACUUCCCCUCGCCUCAUUGCUAAGCAGCUCCUUGGUCAGCUACAAAGCAUGGGAUUCUCACUGCACUCAUCCUUUACAUAUGAAUGCUGCGUCCUUGGGGCGCCGGAUCGGAUUGGACCAAAGACUCUCAUGUUCCCAGCCACCACCCUUCUUAGCAACCAUGACUUGCCGUUCUUCCAGCAGCUGGUGGACAGCAUGUACUGCAUGGGAGCAGACAUAGACAGCAUUGCCUCUGCAAGUGGUCCAGGCCAGAUGGAGAUCAACCUUAGGCCAGAGUUUGGGAUUGCGGCUGCAGAUAGCGCCUUCACCUUCCGCACUGGCAUCAAAGAAAUGGCUCGUAAACACAGUUACAUUGCUAGCUUCUUUACUGAUGAUGGCCUGUACAAUGCCGGCGUAAUGUCUCACAGCUUGUGGGAUGCCAACGGGCGACGCAGCCUCUUCCAGAGUGGGGAAAAAGCGGGCGAGCUGUCUGAGAUUGGCAGAAAAUGGCUGGCUGGGCUCCUCACCCACUCUGCUGCCCUGAGCUGCCUGAUGUCACCUGGCCUGGGUUGCCGGAGCCACAUUGCCAAGGCCAUGAAAGACCCCAAACGCGUGCUGUGUGCAACAUGCGGAUGCAAUGACAACAGCAGCUCCUUCAACAUCAAGUGUCAUGGCGGAAGGGAGACGCACAUUGACAACAAGCUGGGCUCAGCCAUGGCCAACCCUUACAUUGUGCUGGCUGCUACUGUCGCCGCUGGACUGGACGGAAUCAGACGAAACUUGUACGUGGACAGCAGUCCAAACAAAGCCCCCAGUCAGCAGAGGGAGUUCGCCAUUCCCGUAAAGCUUGAUGAUGCUCUAGAGGCAUUGGGGGACGAUCAUGUUAUCCGCAGCGCACUUGGAGAGCCGUUUGUUCAGUAUUUUAUUGCCAUGAAAAAGUUUGAGAUUGAGACACAAGAACUAGAUGAUGAGAGGAACAAGUGCCUCGAGUAUUUCAUUUAG